CGAAAGGAUCGUGCAAGCUUUUCCAUAUGAAAACACCACUGUGCUAGCUUGGGGUGGAGGAUUGCCAAACGAGUGUCCUUGAUCGAUCACAUAAAGGGCGGUUCCGAUUGUGUACAUCGGAGAAACCCACACAAUGGAUUUAGUGGACAUUGACAAAGUGUUGGAUGAUCUAGAGCUAAAUGAAGAUGAUGGCACCAGUACUGCUACGCGAGCGUCGGACACAAAGUCGAGCGUUCGUGAGUCUGGCGUUUCAGUGAAUGGCACCGCGAAGGAGCAGGCAGCAGUCGGGCCGGCUACCGUUUCCCAGGAAAAGUUGAAAUUUAAGGCCAACGUAGUUAAUGUGUCAACAGUGUUUUCUAGCCUGAACGAAUACGUGAACGCCGGCGGUACGGAACUGGGUGGUGCAAAGCAUACAAGCCUACAGGAGUCUCACGAUCUGGGCAUACCAAGCGAUAGAAAGCCGCUGCUAACGCCUCCUUCGAACUCUUCAAUUUCAUCCGAUGUGAAAACAUCCUCGGCCGCAGCAACGUCAUCCUCUGUUCCAACGUCUCCGCAGCAUGUUGUGUCCUCCCCCACGACAUCACCCGACUCUUCAGCGUCGUCGGUGUCCUGUUGUUCGUCAAGAGUAGCCUCAUCUUCGGCAUCUUCUUCCGCACAUUCCUCUUCGCGGUCAUCGUCCUCAUCAGCGUCCUCAUCCGCGUCCAGCAGCGAUGCUGAAGACGCUGACAAUCGCAAAGCGAAAGAUGAACGUGGUGCUCUUGGUCACGUGCACGAAAAACUUCCCGAGGAAUUAUCGUCACUUAGCGCCGAUGAUUACGUACUGGAUACGUCCUCAAUGACCACGCUGGCCACCACAAACGAAGGAGCUGCACGGAAGGGAGCGACCACCGCCGAUGCACAGGACACAUCGGCCUUUUCGUACAAGAAUAGCCUGUACUCGGAUACGCUGAGCAAUGAUGUGAUAAAUCUGGAAGGAAUCUCUUCCAUCUCCUCCAUUGUGGCGGUCGACCUGACAAAAAGUGCCAGGGAGGCAAAUGGUUUGGUGGAAGGAGCGCCGGUAGCGAAGGACGAGAUAGAAACGACAGCACAGGACGAUUUGGAACGGCCCGUCAAGGCACCGGAAGCGGAUGAUGCCCGCAAACCGGUGGUCGGAUUCGAAUCAACAAUGGACGAUGUAUCCGACACGGAGCUCGAAAGCUACUUGCAGGAGUUGGAAGAGUUUGACUUCCGUAGCGUGAACGUUGAAUCGACUGUGCCACCGAAGCCGGACACGGAAUCGGUUACGCUGCCGGACACUACGGUAGAAACACAACCGGAAGUUGAACGUGUCCCUGCGGUGUUGGAAAGCGGUGCGCCGAUCGUGAAGGAUCGUGCCGAUGAAAACAGUAUCGACAGUCGUAGCGACGAUGAAAUAAGUCCAAGCUCAUCCCGGGGUGACAAUGAGGACGAUUUGAUAUCGCAAGCUUCUACGCUGGAAUUUAACGAUUUGGCAAUGGGAGCGACGGCGGCUGUGGCGGCCACAACGCCUCUUCCUCAGACUGUCGGCGCUCCAGCAGUGGAACCACUGGAAGGAGCAAUGGCAAUGGUUUCCGAACUUGACAUUCCCAUUCCGGCCGAUACGCAAGUUUCGGAAGAUUUCCAGCUUGACGAGGAUGGAAGCGAGAUCAAGUUCAUCGACUGCACAGAGACGGAAUCGGAACGUCGGUUGAUGGAUUCACCGGAAGAUGAAAUCAACCGGAUGAGCCUAUCGCAUCCCGAACGACCAACGUCUCUAGAGUUGGGGAAUGGAGUAGUGAGUGAAGGAAGUGGCUUGGUGGAAGGUAACAUUCCCGCCUCACCAGGCCAUACACCUCCCUCAUCGCGUGCUAUUGUUCCGGAUCAAGGUCUCACGUUAUCUUCUACCAGUUCGGAUGAUUUUGCUGCCUCGAUUGAAGGUAGAACAGCGCCGCACGGUGGAGUGGUGGAGGAUGGCUCACGUUUGGCUAUUGCCGACCCGAUACAAUCACCUAUCGCCGCUCCAAUAACAGUCGCACCACUGCUGAGCCCAGCACAGGCACAACUCGGCAAGAUACAACCAUUCUGGGUGCCGGACAAUUCAACCAAAUUCUGCAUGCAAUGUAACCAAAAGUUUUCCGUCAUCAAAAGACGCCACCAUUGCCGGGCUUGCGGUCAGGUGCUCUGUUCGUCCUGUUGCUGUUUGAAGGCAAAGUUGGAGUAUUUGGGUGACCAAGAGGCACGCGUCUGCAUCGAGUGUGAUGUGAUACUGAGCAUUCAGCAGCAGCAAGCGAUGGAAGAGGAUCAGCAUCACCAGCUGGCAGGUUCAAUGGUAACCGAUGGGAGAAGUUUAAUCUCAGCCGGGCUGAGCAGUAAUCAGCAACGACAGCCGAAUCCAAAUAAUCCGAUGGAAUACUGCUCGGUGAUUCCACCACUGCAGCAGGCCGCCGCUAGCACUCAGCCUCUGUCGCCAAUCUCGGUUAUGGUGCCGGUGGGUGUGCUAAAGCGUGCCGGGGCUCCACGGAACAUGCGCAAAGACAAAAACGUUAUCUUUAGCGAUGGUAUACGGCCCGGGUGCGAUCUGACCGAACUUGAUCAGAACUGGGAUGCGGUACCGACACGCACGUCUCCUCCGCGGUCUCGCAAACCACGCGUCCAAACACCGCCCGGUGCGGAUGAUGCCGAUGCCAGUGCAGUUCCCCGUGCCGGUGCACAGCUAACUUGCUUCAUUCCAGCGGAAGAAAACAAAUUGCCGCCCGUGCUGAAACGGAUCAGUCCAACCGAAAGCAAGCUGGUUGAGAUCGAAAAUGAUGCAUCGCUGCUGGAAGGAUUGCGCGAGGUAACGCUCACGUUUGCGAUACAGAAAAACUUCCACGUGCUAGUGACGGUGGUGGAGUUGGCAUGCUGCAUUAAUCGGACUGUGAUCAAUUUCACCACCCGUGGACUACAUUAUGUGGGUCAGGACGAGAUUAUCAUACUGCUCGUACUGGGUGAUUCGCGAGUACUUCCGAAAGACAUCUUUACGCAUCUGAACGAAAUCUAUUGCGAGGCGAACCGGGGACACAAAAUUACGGAGCUUGGAUUUUCUCCUGCCCGAUCGAACAACUUCCUUGGCUCCAAGAACCAUGGCGGAUUUCUGUACGUACGCCCGACGUACCAGUGCAUGAAAGCGGUCAUUACGCCCGAAGCACCGUACUUGAUCGGUAUUUUAAUUCACCGCUGGGAGGUACCGUGGGCAAAGAUACUUCCGCUGCGUUUGAUGCUACGCCUCGGAGCACUCUACCAAUACUAUCCCUGUCCGCACGUGAGCGAACGAGAGCGCGAAUCGGUGUACGUGGAAAUAGCCCAAACGAUCGUGAAUCUGUUGGCAGAUUUUCGACACUUUAGCUACACCAUUCCGAGUGUGCGCGGGAUGGUAAUCCAUCUGGAGGACCACAAAACGAGCAUACUGAUACCGCGCAAUCGGUACGAGCAGAUGGUGAAGGUGGUGGACGGUUCAAGCGAGCAACUGAUGGCUGUGGGUGGCAACUUUAGCAAGCAGGCCGAUGGACACUUGGUAUGCAUACAGAACACGGAAUCUGGGUGUCCGGAAGCGACUCAGUAUACGACACAAGCGAUCGAUAUCGAGAGUCAACCGCGUAAGGUAACUGGAGCAAGUUUCCUGGUGCUCGAUGGAUCACUCAAGCCCAAUUCCGGUCUGACUGGAAGGUGUACCAUCCUGGAGGAUGGUCUGAGGGUGCUAAUACCGCCGGUAAAGCUGCAGCUCGUGAAAGAAGCGCUAAAAGCGAUGAAAGACUAUCAAAUCGUAUGCGGUCCAACCGAGGGAGACGACAGCCAGAAGGAGCUGGUUUCGAUCGAGUGGACGGCAAACGAUUUGAACUUUAACAUUGGCGUUACUUCGCCGAUCGAUCGCAAAGCGUUUGACGGUGUACCGAGCAUUCGGGUGCACCGCGGAACGGAUUACUUCAACUCGAAUCACAUCAUCCGCUGGACGGAAGUCUUUAUUCUGAAGGGAGACGAAGAAUCUAAUCAUCCCGGUGAUCCGAUCAAUAUGUCGAAGGUUUCGGAAACGGUCGCAAAAACGGCUUGCAAGGCACUGAUCGAGUAUCUGGACCUGCUGGCAUCCAACGGUCAUACCAAACUUGCCCUUCGGAUUACAUCCAACCAUGGACAGUUUUCGUAUGUCGCGGGCAGUGGUGGCAACAAGCUAGCACCACUGUACUCGAAUGCGCUCGGCCAGGCAGUGAUGGAGUUGCUGGAGAGACAGGCUACAGCGCUGCAUCUCGAUCAGCAUGAUAUUGUAUUUGAACUGAUAUUCCACAUUCUUGACAAGUAAUACAAAACGCUAGAACUGAGUGUGAAGGAACUCCCCGGCGACAA